CCGGCUCCUCCGUUUUGAUUCCGGGGCAGCGAGUCCUUCCUGCGGGCGGGGCGGUGCAGUGCAGCUCGGGCCGUGCUCGGCGGCCGCCGCCGCAGCAUGUGAGCCCGGCGGGGCGGGGAUGCUCUGGCUGCUCUGCGGUCCCUCCCGCGCCAUGGAGAGCCAGGCGCUCGUCAUCCGCAUUAAGAUCCCCGACGGCGGGGCCGUCGACUGGACCGUCCACUCGGCGCCUCAGCUGCUCUUCAGGGACGUGCUGGAUGUCAUCGGUCAAGUUUUGCCAGAUGCAACGACAACAGCAUUUGAGUAUGAAGACGAGGAUGGUGAUCGGAUUACUGUUAGAAGCGAUGAAGAGAUGAAAGCCAUGCUGUCUUAUUAUUACUCAACUGUAAUGGAGCAGCAAGUAAAUGGACAGUUAAUAGAGCCGCUACAGAUAUAUCCAAGAGCCUGCAAGCCUCCUGGGAAACGGAACAUACAUGGCCUGAAGGUAAAUACGCGAGCAGGGUCUGCUAAUAAUAGCAGUUCGGCGGUCUCGGAUUCCCUUCCAAGCAAUAGCUUAAAAAAAUCUUCUGCAGAGCUGAAGAAAAUACUUGCAAAUGGCCAGAUGAAUGAACAAGACAUACGGUAUCGAGACAUCCUCGGUCAUGGCAAUGGAGGCACAGUCUACAAGGCAUAUCAUGUCCCUAGUGGAAAAAUACUGGCAGUAAAGGUCAUACCCUUAGAUAUAACACUGGAACUCCAGAAGCAGAUAAUGUCGGAGUUAGAAAUUCUUUAUAAGUGUGACUCAUCGUAUAUCAUAGGAUUUUACGGCGCUUUUUUUGUAGAGAACAGAAUUUCAUUGUGUACAGAGUUCAUGGAUGGGGGUUCUUUGGAUGUUUAUAGAAAAAUUCCGGAACACGUACUCGGAAGAAUAGCAGUAGCUGUUGUGAAAGGCCUUACCUAUUUAUGGAGUCUGAAGAUUUUACACAGAGAUGUGAAGCCGUCUAAUAUGUUGGUGAACACACGAGGCCAGGUGAAGCUGUGUGACUUUGGGGUUAGCACGCAGCUGGUGAAUUCUAUAGCCAAGACGUAUGUUGGAACAAAUGCUUAUAUGGCGCCUGAGCGGAUUUCAGGAGAACAGUAUGGAAUUCAUUCGGACGUUUGGAGUCUAGGGAUUUCCUUCAUGGAGCUUGCUCUUGGGAGGUUUCCAUAUCCUCAGAUGAUCCCACCUCUAUUCCUUUUCAUGACAAGACCUAUUUUCCCGAUUCAGAAAAACCAGGGAUCUUUAAUGCCUCUCCAGUUAUUGCAGUGCAUUGUUGAUGAGGAAUCGCCCGUCCUUCCAGCCGGGGAGUUCUCUGAGCCAUUUGUACACUUCAUCACUCAAUGCAUGAAAAAGCAACCAAAGGAGAGACCAGCACCUGAAGAUUUAAUGGGCCACCCCUUCAUCGUUCAGUACAACGAUGGGAAUGCAGAAGUUGUGUCCAUGUGGGUGUGCAGGAUGCUCGAGGAACGGCGAGUGACCCAGGGACCGCAGUGAGCUGGACCGGCUCACGGCACGGCUCAGAACAGCCGCUCAUCCUGGACCAGCAGCACCAGCCCCACGCUUCGGACUCGCAGGCUCUCUGGAUCAUGUUUUACUAAAGAUAUUUUCAAUAAGCAUCAACAAAACCUUUCAGGAUAUUUGUUGCUGCCAUUCCCUCACCACCACAUUAAGGAAUUCCUACACUUCUUUUGUUGCUGAGCAUUUUAACGUCCUCAGAUUACUUUCAGUUAAACUGUACACAGCCUUAAAGCAAGUAUUUUAUAUCUAUAUUUUUUGUUAUUGAACGUAUUGUAUAUUUCCUGGCUCCAGAGUAUUUUUUAACCGUUAGGCUUUUGCUAUCGUACGAACAACACGCUGAGUAUUCAGAGGAUUUGUAAGGAGUUGUUGGCUGUCUUUCUGUGCAGACAGCCACAAAAUGCUAGUUUUAAAUGCAAAACAAACAAAACAAGAAGUAGCUGGACUUGUCCGUCCUUCGAGGAGGUGAGGGGUUGCCCUUGCAGCGGAAGGCAUGGCAGGUAGAUGAGCAUCACACGAGCAAUGACUGUUGAUGCCUCUCUGCUCCCUGGCGCCAGCUGCUGUGGCUCAGGUUUGCUGGGAGGGCCAAGGGAGAAGACAACACGCUGGUGCGUGCACCACAGGCCACCUGUAAGUGCAGAAAGUGUUUGCUGAGGUGGGAAGAGGUGAGCUGAAAGAGGACAGUGCAAGAAAUAGGGGUACCACUGGGUGAGAACCAGCCAGAGCUGGCAGCCCUGGAGCUGUUCAGGGCUGAGGUGGGCUCUUGGCCUCUGGCUGCAACAGGAGAACAGCCGUGGGCAACGGGGAGUUUGCACACAGCGGCAGCACAGAGAGGGGGAAGUUCUGCCAGUGCCGCACAAGGAAGCUGAUGGCCACGGCAGAGGCUUGCACAGCAUCCCAUGAGCUUGUGGGGAGGAGAGCCUGCACAGAGGGGCUCAGACCGUGCUGUGCCACUCAUCCUCAUGGCCAGAGAACGGGCUGCAGAGUUUUACUUGUUAUCACAGCAGUUUGCGGCUUGCUUGGAAGCAUCUUGCCUUUCUCGGCUCUGCCUUGAUCACUUAUUGUCUUAUGCCGGAGCCGCUACACGGUGGGUGCAGCUGGGUCACACAAAGACUCCCAGGUUUGGCAUUACCAUAAAGGACAGAGGAACAGUUGUGGUGUCUCUGCUGUGUGUUUAUUACUCCUGCAGUCUCUAGGUAUGAUUUCACAACAGACUGACACACAUUUGAUCAAUCCUUGUGUUAAGAUCUUUAUUUAAAAGAACAGAAGAGAGGAGGACCCUGAGAGACGGGGCUGAGUUUUAGGUCAACAAAUGGAGUACUGAAGGAAUUUGAGCAAGGGAGGAGGUUGGGACCAUUAGAAAUAAAUGUUGGCUAAAAGAAUAGCUCAGGUAGUUUAUUAUAUACCAACAGCUUAAAAACAAACAAACAAAAAAACGUGAAAAAUGCCUCCUGAACCACUGCAAAUCCAAAAUGUUACUUUGGAAGCAGCCUGGAAAAGACUUUGCUUCCUUCCUUGGAGGGAUCGUUCGUCUUCUUUUGAAGUAUAGAGGUUGCAGGCAUGAACUUAUAGACUAAAGUUUGUCUUAAUUGCUCUGAUGUCACAACCUCCCUGGCAGAUAACAGCACAAUGAAUGAGUCCACGGCCCUUGUACCUUCAGGUCCUUUUUCUAAAGUGAGACAAAUUCCUUCCCCGUGCGCCAACCAGACUAUAGGCAGCUCUUCUAUUUAUUUCUCUCUAACAGUUUGCAUUAGCUUUCUCUGGAUAAAAAGUCUCUCUCUCAGAUUUAGUUAAAAAGUCAGUAAAACCAAGGCAGGGAGGUUGGGAGGGGAAGACGUCACCCUGAAAAUCUGUCUGGGAUGCCAGCGGAUGGAAACGUGAAAAAUCUCCCGGCUGGCGGGCUGACAGUGUUAUAAUUCACUGGCACGCGUAUUAACCUUGCUGUCUUCAUCAGUAUACUUAAUCAAUCCAACAAUCAUGGGAGAGGUUUAGGGCCUCUGUCAUCUUUCCUUCCCCUGGUCCUUGAAUUUGGUGCAGCCGGGAGGAGGAUGAGCCGCUGGGGUCUUCUCAGUGCCGCCGCUUCCACUCUAUUCCCAGCACCAGGUUAACACCAUUUUGGGGGAACAUAGGGCUGGAUGAGUAGUUUGGGGAAAACCCAACUCCUCUUCAGCACUGCCAGCCUCAGUGCUGCCCAAGUGUGGAGCAGCAGCGAGGCUGGGCCUCCCCGACCUGCUGCCUCCGUCCUUGGGCAUGGUGGGCCUGGCUGGUGGAUCCCCAUGGGAGGUCUGGACCCACAGCGCAGCCCGCAUUGCUGCAUGGGGGCUACUGGGAUCCCCCCAACACAGCCAUUUGCUCUCCUACUCCAGCAAAUGUGUGCAAGCCCAUGGUACCUACAGAGCCCGAUGGAAGCAAUUCUGCCCAAUUCCUGCCGCCACCCGUCAAUGUCAAGGGUCAAAAGGAAGGGAAGGCAUGGAAGGCAAUAAAACUGGGCCAGGAUCUGGACAGAUUAUCUCCCCUGGGUGCCCCCACCCACGGCAAGCAGCUCCCUGGCAGGUCCAAACCCAUCCCAGGCUCCUCUCCCUGCAGCAAGUGUGCAUUGACCCUGUGCCUGGGCAGUGCGGGACAGCAGGAGCCGGGGUGAGGCUGGCAUGGGACACCUCGAUGUGGUGCAAGCUCCCCCAAACCCAGCUGAGGGGAUGCCCUGGGAGCAGCGUGACGAAGCAGGGGCUGCGUUUGGGCUGAGACGAUCCUGCCUUGCUGCAGACUGUGAGCAUGCAACAGACUUUGAGAUUGCCCAAACACAUGAAAUGUGCCGCUGUGAGCCCAGGCUCUGCCUUCAGCCUGGUGUGUAAGGUCAUCCCAGCCCCAAAACCCUCACCGAGGAUGGGGAAAAAAACAGGGAGGGAGAUUUUCCCAGCUGCCAGGCAGGGCUGGAAGCGCUGAGUGCUGUAAGGGGGCUCAGCAAUGCUGAGCACCAUGCAGACAGGAGCUGCACCAUAGCUGGAGCUGGCUGGGAGCAUUGUCUAUCCUUCCUUCUUGCUGCAGCUUUUUGGAGUCUGAAUCAGAACAUUUCUUGGCUAAAAAAGCUUGCAGAAAAUCUAGCAAUAUUAUGCCCUGCAGCUGAGUAGAUGGCAUGGGAAGGGGUGCAGAACAAACACAUCGAUUCAGCAGUGGAUGAUAUAGAUGCACACAGUGACCCUCUGAGUCCCACUCUGCAUCCCACCAGCUGAUUUAGGGACCCAGCAGCAGCCCCACACCAGUCUCACUGCUCUGCCUCCUCUCCCAGUAACCUCAGCCGUGGUGAUACCAGUAGGCCCCAUCUACUCUGGGAGUGGGUAUGCAGGAGCUCACGGGCUCUGGAAGAAACUCAGUAGGUCCCAUCUGUGCCAAAACUUCCCAUUUUCCACUUUUCCCUACCUGUGAUCCUUGCCAGGUGAAGCUCAUCCUGGGAGAUGAGCCUGGGCUGGUUUGCCCUGUGUAGAACUGGGAAAUAAUCUUGUUUCUUGUAUCCCAUGGCCAAAUACAUCCCGGUGUCAGCCUUUGUUUUCUGAAUAACAGCCUGAAAAGCUGCGUGUGUCUGUUCACGCACAGCAAAGAAACCAGGAAAGAGGAAUUGCAGUGGGCUGGGGCUGCAAGCGGUCCCCAAACCCUCCCCGGCUUUAACAUCUGUGGGGCAGGGAUGGCAGCAGCAGUGGGCUAAUAACUGAGGUGGCAGUAGGAACAGCUCUUAGGACCUUUGUUUGGUCCCUUUGACAUCCAAGAGCACAAGCAAACGGUAGGAUUGGAUCUGGGAGCCGGGUGUAUGUUCUUCUGCCUUGUGGAGCUUUGUGGUCCUGCAGGGAAAGUUUAUCUCAAUGGAAAAGGGAUGGACUGCAGGGCUCCUCUGUGAUGCAGGGAGGGGGUGGGCAGCGGCUGCAGCAGAACCUGGGAAUUUGGGUGUUUGCUGGGGAAAAAAAAACUUCCCUAGUCCUGCAGGGAGCAAAAUGCGCUGACAGAGAGCGAAGGCUCUGGGCGUCCAGCAGAAACCACUGUCUGGUGAUGAAGGGACGUGGGCUGCUGGCAGGGAAACACCCUCGGACUCUUUGGGCAGUGAACAGGAGCUGCAAAUCCUUCGCCUCAGCAGGGUUUGAAGCAGGGAGACUUUGAACUGUUCCUGGAGAAGGAGUCGGAGGCUGCUCAGCCUCCUGGGGACAAAGCAUCUUUGGGCAGAGGCUCUUCCUCUCAUUCCCGUUAAGAUGUGCAACAGCAGAGAUAAACACAAGAGACCCAACAACACCCCUGUGAGACAUCGUCCUCGCUCAGCUACCAGCCCACACAGGUGGGGCUGUGCUAAACACAUCACAGGUGACCCCAGCGCUUGAGAGCUGCAGGAGAACCAGCUCUGGCCUCGCAGCUUCUCCAGAAGGUGCUCAGGAGAUAUUCUUCAGCUGUGUGAGGUUAUUUAUGGGUGCUUCUUGCCCCACGCAGCUCGGUCUUUGUCUCGCUGCUGUUCUGGGGCUGCUCUCUGCCCUGUGGGGAGACAGGCAGGAACCAAGCCAAGCCCCAAAUGCCACAGCUCAGUGGUCAUGGUGUCCCUGUGGUGGGAGCCAGGUGCUGGGGAGCAGGGGCUCUCUGGCGGCGAAGAGGAGACGGGGCCCAUUUCAUGAUGUUGAGGUCCUGAGGCACAGCAGUUAUUUUGAGGUAACCCAUCUUCAGCCUUCCCUGGGGGACCCUCAGGCUGGGGGGGCUCAGGCACCGUGGGGCACAAAUCCAGAGGGAUGGGGAAGGCUCUUCCCUGCACUUGCUGGCCUCAUCCU